AUGUCUCCUAUGUUUGUGGGGAUUGGGACUGGUUGGCGUCCUGCCGUGCGCCACUGGACACGCUCCUCUUUCACCGGGAAACAGCUGAGAGUCUGCAUCCCACCUGAAUCCCCCAACAAGGAGUUGGUCUUGGUUAUCGGGGAUUCACAUCUCAGAUCCUUCGUGGAGAGAGAUGUGGACAUCAGAGCAGAUGGCCCAUACUCCUUUGGGUACAUUUGCUCCCCUGGCGCUACAGCUGACACCCUGGAGACUGACGUACGCCAUUCCACUGUUGACCAACGCGUGUCAAAAUGUGUGGUGCUGGCUACGGGCAACGACUCUUCCACCAGGGGCCAGACAGUGGAGCGGGCACAGAAGAACUUCCAGAGUCUUCUGUCUACAGUAAAACGUCUUUGCCCAAAGACAUGUGUGGUUGACUUCCCGGCUCGUCAUGUGGUCAGUGUGACCAAGCAGAACCAGUUUCGUCAAGCAUACAAGGCAGCAGCAGAGGCAGAAGGGCUGCAGUAUGUCUUCUGUGUGGACAGCUUUCCUAUGAAGAACUUGCGUCUGUGGGCUAAGGAUGGUAUCCACCUCAGUGUACCUGAAGGCAUGCGAGUCUUGUCUGACUUGAUCUGUAAGGCCAUCAGGGAGCUGUCUGAGAGCACCGUGGAUUCUGCCCACCCAAGCCUGAAGACACCUGCCGCCCCGUGUGUGAAGCCCCUGCCGAAGACCCCAGAUGUGGUUGUGACCUGUCCCACAUCCAGAGCAGUCCGAGUCCCAUCUACCACUCCACAGACGGACUCUGAGGGCUGGGAAUUUGGAAAGAAGAGUCUACAGUCGACUGCCACCACGAGAAAUGUUUCCCUGCGACAGGUCACCGGUCUGUGUGCUAUUCCCGUGUCUGCUGGCCGCUUUGCUGUUUUGUCUGCACCGCAGAAGACUCCUGCAACCUCAAAGAACCCAACUACCCUGGCAACAAAGAAGGUGAGUCAAGCAAGGACUGCCGUGCCAAGUAGAAGUCAGCCAAAGAGACAGAUGAAGCAUGCAGCCAGAGUUGGGGAAGCAGUGAGCUCAACAUCAAGCUGGCAACCUCGAGUUGUGCUGAAAAAGCUGGAGACAACUGUGGCAGAGGCGCCAGUCAGACCUGCUAUCAACACAGCACCGACAGAAGAUCAGCAGGUGCAGACUGAUGCUGUGACAGUGACACUACGUCCAUCUACCUGCACAGAGCCUGAAGUGGUCGUGGAAGUGGUGAAGCCUGAUGUGAAGAGACCCAGGAGGACCUCCAGUCCUGUUCACAGAGAAGCAGAUGUGCAGGAGGAGCCUGAUGUGAAGAGACCCAGGAGGACCCCUAGUCCUGUUCACAGAGAAGCAGAUAUGCAGGUACCAAUGAAGAAGGUCUGCUGUGGAAAGCAAGUCCCUGUUUCCAGACUGCAGCGGCCGUCACCCGAAGAGUGCAAAGCAAAAGUGGCCAAGAAGGAUUCCUGCCAUGAAAAACAAACAUCUGUUCAACUACAGCCUCUGCAGCAUGAAGACAGCAAAGCUCCUCAGUUUGACAAUAUUGUUGGGUCAUUUCAUCAAGGACACACAAUAUUUCAUCCACAAAGUAGAGGAAAGCAGUGCACGGCCAUUGCUUUGGCUGCAAUUGUUAAACACACACACCUGCGGGAGGUGCAUGAAUGGUCUCAGAAAGAUCUAAACAUGACUUUAUUGGAAGGUGAUCGUCUGUACAUAAGAAAAAAGCAUCGUAUUCCUGGGGAUCAGUCUUAUUUGGGAGCUUUCGAUUUUAAAAAGGAGGAGAAGCUGUUUGGCAAGACGUUUUGUUUGAAAAUGGUCACUGUUAUUGGACGUCUGCUUUCAGCCACCAACCCUGUGGAAAAAGUAUGUUUUGUUACUUUGAAGACAGCUCUGGAAGAACAUCUUGCUACUGACAAUGCUUGUCUCUUCACCAUGUCAGGCAGUACAUGUGCUAUUAUCGCUAAAAAUGGCAUGUAUGCUAUUGUGGACUCCCAUGCACGCAGUAAAUCUGGGAUGGUAGAUGGCAAUGGUUCAAGUGUUGUGGUGUUUUUCACGAGCAUCAGUGAAGUUUAUGACCACAUCAUCCAACUUGCAGCAGGAUUCAUUGUGCCAAAUGUUGAGUUUGAGCUCAAUAGCGUGGCAGUGACUUUGAAAGACUGUGACUGUGAUGGUGUGACUGUUGAGCCUACUCUGAGCUGUCCUCAUGGCGUGACUGAACUUAAAAGUAACCCCAGUUCCUGUGUUACUGAAAGUACUGCUGCAACUGACACGGCUGGUUUGAAAGCUUGUGAUCCAGGAUUCAAGACAAAGGAAAAUUUACCAGAAGUAGGACACAAAUGUGGCAGAACACAAAUGAAAUCUCCAUUGCACAAAAAGCGAUCCAGGGUUGACACAGAGUUAAAAAGUGGAUCUCCAAUUGUCAAGAAAGCCAAACUGCAUGAUGCAAAUGACAUUACAAUCGUUGGUUAUGAGGAAAAUGCUUUGCAGUUUAAUCCUCUUUCUGAAAAAGUGUGCAAGGCAAUUUGCAAAAUUCUUCAUGUUGAAUUUGAAAAUUGCAAUGUUAAAGAGUCCUUACGCGCUGGGGAUGCUGGAGUGCCAUGUCAUAAUGAAAAGAUUGUUGCAGAUGGUAACUGUUUCUUCCGUGCCAUUUCUCAAGCCAUAAGUGGGACACAGAAACACCAUAGAAGAAUCAGACUGAACGCAGUGAAGCACUUAGAAAAGAAUCCUGAAAAAUAUCACUGCCUUUUGAAUGAAGAACAUCAGCAUUUGACUGUGGCAGAGUACAUUAAACUGCAAAAGAUGUCUUAUGUAAACACCUGGGCAACACAAGCUGAAAUUCAAGCCACAGCUGAUUGCAUUGGAGUUGAUAUUUACACCUUCUAUCAAGGCAAAUGGUUAAGAUUUCAAAACAGUGGAAAACAACAGUCUGCUGAAGGCAUCUACCUACAGAAUCACGGAGCUCAUUAUGAACAUGUUGUCUGUGUCAAACAAGGUCAACAAAAUGACUGUUAUAAACUGUGUACGUUUGGUGAGCCCCAGGGACACGUCACAAGAUCAGCACAUGCAACAACGAGUGUCUUCAGUUCAAAUCCUCUUGAUGAAAAUACUAUUGACAGAUCACAUCAGAAUAAAAAGAUCAUUUUGUCAAAGUAUUUAAGGAAAAAGAAGGCACAGAAGACCAGAGACUUUCUCAUAGUGAAGUAUCACGAAGAGGACAAAUAUCGACUGAAAGAAAGAGGAAGGAGUAUUGGAAAAUAUAAAACUGAUCUGCAACAUAAAGAAUGUGUGAAAGCAUACAGUGUGGAAAAAUACAAAAAUGACCUGGAACAUAAAGAGAAAUUAAAAGCACAGACUGUCAAAAAAUACAAAACUGACCCGGAACAUAAAGAGAAAUUGAAAGCACUGAGUGUGGAAAAAUACAAAUCGGACCUGCAACAUAAAGAGAAGUUGAAAGCACUGAGCGUGGAAAAAUAUAAAACCGACCUGGAACAUAAAGAGAAGUUGAAAGCAGUGAGUGUGAAAAAGUACAAAACCGAACAGGAACAUAAAGAGAAAUUGAAAGCAAUGAGUGUGGAAAAAUACAAAUCCGACCUGCAACAUAAAGAGAAGUUGAAAGCACUGAGUGUGGAAAAAUACAAAUCCGACCUGCAACAUAAAGAGAAGUUGAAAGCACUGAGUGUGGAAAAAUACAAAUCCGACCUGCAACAUAAAGAGAAGUUGAAAGCACUGAGUGUGGAAAAAUACAAAACCGACCUGCAACAUAAAGAGAAGUUGAAAGCAUAUAGUUGUGAAAAAUACAAAAGUGAUUUGAUACACCAAAAUAAAGUUAAAGCUGAAAGUGUCCGGAAUUAUAAAGCAAACCCUGAUCUUCGACAAAAAUUAAAAUCAAUAAACAAAGCCAAAUACCACAAAGACAGUAUUUUCAGACGUAAACUCCUGGAUAAAAAACGAUUCAAAAGAACUCAAGAAAAAGUGCUGGCUGAUCAGAUGAACAUUGUAAUGAAUGAAUUUUUAAAGAAAGCCAACGAUGGACCUGAAUUUAUUUGCUGUGUAUGUUUCCGAUCCAUGUUUAAAGCAGCAGUAGUUCCAUACAAACAAAAGAACUACAAAAACAAAGCAGCUCAAGUAACGGCGGAAACAUGUGUCUCAGAUGAGUAUUUGCAUGAAUGUACCUCUGACUGCAAUGCACCAUGUCCAUUACAAGAAUCAAGAGGUGAGCUUUGGAUGUGCAAGGUUUGUCAUUCAAAGAUCCGAAGAGGUGUAACCCCAGCAGAAUGGUGGGGAAACAAUUUACAACUGGAUUCAAUUCCUCUUGAGUUGGCUUGUUUGAAUCAUCUUGAAAAACAUUUGAUUGCUUUAAACAUUCCAUUUAUGAAAGUAUUAGCUUUACCAAAGGGUGGUCAAAAUGGAUGCCACGGACCAAUUUUUUGCAUCCCUUCUUCAGUAAAUCAUACUUGUUCUGUUUUGCCUCGGUCAAAUCUAGAAGGUUGUCUGUUACGUGUUAAAUUAAAGCGCAAGCUAUCUUACAAAGGACAUUAUGAAUAUCACUUUGUCGACACAAAUCACCUGAAAGAAGCACUUAAAUAUUUAAAGGAAAACAAUCAAUAUUAUCAAGACAUAGAAAUAAAUGAAGAAUGGGUGAAUGAGUUUGCUAAAGAAGAAGAAAACCAAAAACACACUGAAGAAGUCUUGAACAAUAAUUCAAAACAAAUUGAGUCUCCUGAUGAAGAAGAUGAAACUCUACAUGACCGACAGAACCACUGUAUUUAUCAAGAUUCUUGUUCCAUGCCUGUUGAUCUUGGUCAAGAAACUCUUGAUCAGGGUUUUGAAGAUAUAAUUAAUCUGGCACCUGCUGAAGGAAACAAUCCUGUGCGUAUUUUGUCAGAUAAAGAUAAUGAAGCAAAAUCCUUUCCAUAUCUUUUUCCAUCAGGGAGCAAUACUUAUCAUACGCCCAGACAGUACUACUUGACAUUGGCACGAUAUUUUAAUAACAGAAUAUUGCACGCUGAUGGAAGGUUUGCAAAGUGCGUUGAAUACAUUUUUUUUGCACAAUACAUGUCAGAAGUUCAGCAAGUCAUUCAGCAAGUGUCAAUAGCAUCACGCAAAGGACACACAAACCCUGCAGGCCAAAAAGACAAUGCUCCAGAAAACAUUGAGUCUUUGCAGGACAUCAUUAAGACUGAUGAAGGAUAUCGCUUUCUAAGGCCUAUAAGAGGUACUCCAAGCUUCUGGCAAGGUGCACAAAAAGAUUUACUUGCCAUGGUGCGGAAUCUGGGAAAACCAACUUUCUUUUGCAGUUUUUCGUCUGCAGACUUGCGCUGGGGAGGGCUUUUAAAUUCAAUUUUGAAGCAAGAGGGGAGAACUGAAACUUCUGAGAGUUUGGAGUAUGCAGAAAGGUGUGAACUGUUGCGUAAUCGCCCUGUCACUGCAGCACGCAUGUUUGACUACAGGUGGCAUCUCUUGUUGAAUUACGUGUUACUAUCUUCAUUGAAUCCAAUUGGAAAGAUUAAAGAUUACUUUUAUCGUGUAGAAUUUCAACAACGUGGAUCACCCCAUGUACACGCUUUAUUUUGGAUUGAAGAUGCUCCUGAGAUUGGAAAAAACACAGAUGAAGAAGUGGUGCAAUUCAUCGACAAGUACAUAACAUGUGAAAUACCCACCCUCGAUCAUCAAUUAGCUGAAACUGUUACCUCCGUGCAGCAACAUUCUCAACGCCAUUCGAAAACCUGUAAGAAAAAGAAUACAGCCUGCCGGUUCAAUUUCCCACGCCCUGUAUCUGAACGUACUUUCAUCACCAAAAAACAGAAAAUGCCAAAGUGCCCAAAGUGCCAAGGUGACACUGCAACAAACAGCCAAGAACAAAAUAAAGCCACUGUGGAAUGCAUAUGCUCUCAGAAUGAACAGAACUUUAUGAAAGAAGAGGAUGCAAUGAAAAUACUGACAACUGUUAAAAAAGCACUUCUGGAUAAAGACAAUCCCAUUACGAGUAUCCAGCAACUGUUUCAAAAUGUUGGCAUUACACAGGAAGUAUGGGAAAAAGCACUUAAAUGUGUUGAAAAACGCAUGCAAAUUGUCCUGCAAAGAGAUGUCAAUGAAAUUUGGAUUAAUCCAUAUAAUCCAAUUUUGUUGAAAUGUUGGAAUGCCAACAUGGACAUCCAAUAUGUGGUUGAUGUAUAUGCUUGUAUCGUUUAUAUUAUCAGCUAUAUGUCCAAAUCUGAGAGAGAGAUGGGGCUGUUGUUGAAACAAACACACCAAGAGGCCACAAAACAGGGAAAUUCUGAUGCCAAAGAAGCUAUGAAGAAGAUUGGCCAAGCCUACCUCCACAACCGUGAUGUGUCUGCACAAGAAGCUGUGUACAGAAUCACUCAAAUGCACCUCAAAGAAUGUUCAAGGAAAGUUGUGUUUAUCCCCACAGGUGACACAAUUUUCAAACUCACCAAACCACUAAAUGAACUGAAAAAGUCAGGAAACAAUGACAUUUGGAUGACUGGAUUUGUGGAUCGAUAUAAGAACAGACCACAGAAUGACACUUUUGAUAAUAUGUGCAUAGCCACAUUUGCAUCAGAAUACCGUGUGUUAAGUACAUCAGAAAAGAAAUCCAAAAAUGCGAUCAAGUUACAGAAUUCAUGUGGAUAUAUUUCAAAGCGAUUCAGAACCAAACCUGCUGUUGUGCGCUAUGCACGGUUUUCCCAAACAAAGAAUCCUGAGCUAUAUUACAAGAGCCUGUUACAGCUGUUUUUUCCUUAUCGUCAUGAUAACGACCUCAAACCUUCAUCAUUUCAUUCUUUUGAACAGUUCUACAAAGAAGGCACAGUGCAGCUUGGCAACCAGACCGUUUCAGUGAUGUCAAUUGUGAAUUCAAACAGAUCUCACUAUGACAUUGAAACUGAAGAUUUGGAAGAGAUUAAAAAUAAUCUGGACUCUAAUGAAAUAUUAGAGGAUGCUUGGGCCAUGCUUUGUCCUGAGCAAGAAGCAGAACGUUUGGAAGCCACUGAUGAACUUGCACAGACUAAACUGGAUGACGAAGACCCCUUGCCCCAUAUUCCUGAUUUAGGGAUAGCUAACAAAGAAACUGCUCAUUUAGAAAAACAACACAAUGCGAUGACUCGAGCUGAAGGUUUGGAUUUAAUUCGAUCUUUAAAUGACAUCCAGCUAUCUAUAUUUUUCAAAGUACAAAAAUGGUGCAUACAAAAAGUCAAUGGAAAUGAUCCAGAACCUUUACAUGUGUUCGUCACUGGUGGCGCUGGCACAGGGAAAAGUCACUUGAUUCGGGCCAUUCAGUACGAAGCCAAUCGUCUGUUUGCUCCAAUGCGACGUCACCCAGACAACAUGAGUGUUUUAAUAACAGCACCCACUGGUAUGGCAGCAUACAAUCUAAAUGCAUCUACAAUUCACAGUGCAUUUAGCAUUGGAACAGAUGUGACACUUCCCUACAUACCACUAGGUGAAGAAAAACUCAAUUCUCUCCGUGCCAAAUAUAUUGACCUGAAGUUAGUAAUCAUUGAUGAAAUAUCAAUGGUUUCUCAUAAACUGCUCACAUAUAUACAUGGACGGCUGAGGCAAAUCAAGCAAAGAGGUGAUGUUUCCCCUUUUGGAAAUGUCAGCCUUAUAGCAGUUGGUGAUUUCUAUCAGUUACCACCAGUUAUGGCAAAAGGCUUGUACACUGACAAUCUACCUGUGAACUUUUGGUCAAGUUUCAAAAUGGCUGAACUGAAAACAAUUGUCAGACAGAAGGAUACCACAUUUGCAGAAUUACUGAACCGAUUAAGAACACGAUCAAAAGGGACACCCAUGCUUCAUGAAGACAUCCACAUUCUACAAAGUCGUGAAACUGGAGAGCAGUCUUCUGCUCUACAUAUUUUUCCAACAAAUUCACAGGUAAAUGAACAUAACUUUAACCAGCUCCAAGCCACUUGUCCUGACUAUCAAACAAUAGAUGCACAGGACUAUCACUACAACAGGAAAACUGGAAAAAUGGAAAGCAAAGUCACACCUCACAGUAAAGACAACCUCACCAGUCUGCAGAAACAGCUAUUUUUGGGUGUUCCUGCUAGAGUUAUGCUGUGUAAAAACAUUGAUGUGGAAGAUGGAUUAGUCAAUGGAGUCUGCGGAACUGUAACACAUAUUAGUGAAACAGAAAGAAAUGGACUUCCUGAAGCUGUGUAUGUUCAGUUUGAUGACAUCAAUGUUGGUACACAGAGACGAAAGAAGUACCCAUCCACUGCACCUGCUUUAAUAAACUCCACACGGAUACAGCCAGAGGAGGAAAGGGCUAACAGCAAAGGGGGGAAACGUCGUCAGUUUCCUCUUGCACUUUCCUGGGCUGUUACAAUCCACAAAGUACAAGGCCUGACUGUUGACAAUGCUGUGGUGUCGCUAAAGCAAGUGUUUGCCUCAGGACAAUCUUAUGUGGCUUUAAGUCGUGUAAGAAGUCUAGAUGGCCUUAUUAUCCAGGACUUUGAUGAGAAGGCUAUUUAUUGUAAUGAUGAGGUAAAACAUGCUUUGGAAGCUAUGCCACGCUUCUUGGACGACAAUGUGUCACAAGCCAAACAGUCUGCUGAUGUGUUCAGCUUGUUUUUGAUGAAUGUUCAGGGUUUAGUAAAACAUGUACCUGAUUUGGUGUCAUCGACGCUGCAUUUACAGCCUGACUGUAUAGCUGUGACAGAAACAUGGUUAACAUCUCAGUCUGCACUUCAUAGUGUUGACAUAGACGGUUACAGUUUUCACAGCCGUCCACGAAGUCUGGCAUACGAACACAGCAAGCAUCCGGCUCUUACUACACUCAAAAGUCAACAUCAUGGUGGAGUGGGCAUGUAUUGCUCACACAACACAAACUGUCACUUUCCUGAUGUACCCCAAUUUAAUUUGGAGUGCUUAAUUUACAAAAAUGUAAAUCAUCAGGUUUUAGUUGCUGUUGUGUAUCGUCCACCAACAUAUCCCAUGUCUGUGUUCAAGCAGAAUUUGAAAAAUCUGCUAACUUGGCUACAGGCACAAGGUCAGUCCAUUGUGGUAAUGGGAGAUUUCAAUGAUGACAUAUUGAAAUCAUCAUCACUGUGCAAUUUCAUGAGCAGUUAUGGAUAUGUUCAAAAUGUCACAUCUCCAACUACAGAACGAGGCACUUUGAUUGAUCAUGUCUAUGUCAAAUCUGAACAAUAUGAGAUUUCAUCAGAGGUUGUUCCAACAUAUUUCAGUGAUCAUCAGGGCAUAGUCUGCUCUCUUAAGCUGAAGUCUGUGUAG